UUGCCCAUCCCCUGCAUGAUUUGUAUAUGUCAUAACACUUGCGGAUUUUAUUGAGAGGUUACGUCUUACAAGUCUGUAUCUAAAAGUGUAAGAGAUUUGGCUGUACUAUACACAAAUGAAUUUCAGUCAAAUGCCGAGACUACAGAGGCGUGUCAAUGAUUCAGUACAUUGGUUUAUGAGCGAGCUAGAAGCUCGUAUAAUUGCGAAGUCCGGUAACCCCAAUGACAGGUUUCAUCUUGGAAAAAUACUGAUGCAGAGCUUUGAAGAUGACCUUGACUUCGUCAUGCAGAUAGACGGGGCAACUGGAGAAAUUAUGACAAACAGAGAAGUUUUGAAGAAAUCUGUGGAAUGUGCUGUUGCUUUCAAAAAUUUGGGCUUAAAAAUUGGAGAUGUCGUAAUGUUGAUGGCUCCCAACCAUUCAGACUUGGUGAUACCUGUUUAUGCUGCAUUAUAUCUUGGGGUUAUUAUUGCUCCGGUGGAUAGAACAUUAGGAGUUAUCGAACUAAAAGAAACUUUUGGUGUUGACAAACCCAAAUUAAUAUUAUGCCAAAGUGAAAAAGCUCCGGAAAUACAAGUUGUAUUGAACGAAUUAGAGUUGAAUACGAAAAUAGUGACGUUCAAUAAAGGAGAUUAUCUCUGCAGCUUCUACAAGUUUCUAGAAGAAUAUAGCGACGUCAAGGCAGUCAAGGAUUUCAAACCAAACAACUUUGACCCGGAAGAGACAAUAGCUAUUUUGGUGGCGACCAGUGGUACAACAGGCUUCCCCAAGGCGGCUGCAGUUACUCACAAAAACAUAACAAUUACGGCUCCUAAUCUUUGGGCUAGAUUCAACAACUUUCCAACGCCUACUCGGAUGGCUUUUAUCGGUGCACCGCUGCAGUGGCUCACUGCUAUAAUAAAUUUUCUCACAUCACCCGUCUUUCGAUACACACGUCUCCAAACAUCCCUCCCAUUGACAGAAGCACACGCAACGCACCUCAUAAAUAAAUAUCGGCCAACCUUCACUAUACUGUCGCCGACAUUCAUGUCGACAUUGUUGAAAUCUGAAGGCAAAGACAAAUGUGACCUUUCCUGUUUUGAAUUAAUAUUGCUCGGCGGUAGCGCUGUACCAACAAAUCUCUUAGAUAAAGUAAAGGAAAUUUCACCAGAUAUUGAAGUAUUGGAUGUUUACGGCAUGAGUGAGCUGAGCAACAUCGCGUUUCAACCGGACAACCCACCAUUGGGCUCGUCUGGCAAGCCAUUGGGCUGUUUCCAAUAUAGAUUGAUAAAUAUAGAAACUCAGACGGACAUAUUGGAGCCUAACGUAGCUGGAGAGCUAUGGGUUAAGGGACCAGGCGUGUUUAAAGAGUAUUACAAUAAUCCGGAAGCGACAGCUGAAGCAUUCGCCGAUGGGCGAUGGUUUAAAACUGGUGAUAUGUUUUACAGAGAUGCGAAUUAUAAUUUUUUCUUUGUGGAACGUAUAAAAUUGCUGUUAAAAUACAAAAGUUAUCAGAUAUCUCCAGUGGAAGUAGAAAGUGUAAUCCGCAAGCAUCCCGGAGUGCUGGAUGUGGCGGUGACUGGAAUACCGGACGCUGAUUGUGGCGAUUUAUUGGUCGCAUGCGUUGUAGCCAAACCACAGUGCCGUCUUACAGCUCAAGAGAUCAAAGAUUUGGUGAAAGAUUCGUUGUCAGAUGCUAAACAACUAAGAGGAGGCGUGAUAUUUCUGAACGAAAUACCAAUGACGGCUUCAACGAAGGUUCACCGACGAAAGUUGAAGGAAAUGGUCCUUGUUAUGGAAAGGCAAUAGAAGUACUUGUAUAUUAAUAGUUGUGACUGUCGGUACAUGGAACUUUGCAUACAUAUUAAUCAUUAUCAUAUUUCUGUCAUUAUCCCAUUAUUUUUUUUUAUUCAUCCCAUUGUUUGGGUUUAGCGCAAUAUGAUUUUAUUUAUAUUAUCUAAGGUUCUGGGUUUUAGUUUUAUGACAUCAACCCUCCUUGGGAAUGCAUUUCUCGGUAGUUACCACCUACGGUAUGAAGGAAAGGAUUAAGGAAAAAAGGGGAUGUUAGAAGUGAGGUUGGUAGUUGGUAAAAAAGGAAUGAAGAAUUUAUGAGGUAAAGGGAAAUGGGGAACACUGGUCAAAUAUUUCAGUGGUUUAGGAAACCAAAAACACAUAACUGUGAAUCUUUAUUCUAGAAACGGAUAGAUAAUUAGAGGAGAUUGUAUUAGAAAAACACAGCGAAAUCGGUCAAGUAUUUAUUAUAACACAUUUUCUUUGUGAAAGAGUACAAAUGUUUUUCUAAUAACACCAAUAAAAUACUUGUGUGUAAUUUUAUUAUAGAAAUGAUAAUUGCAGUAUUAAAGAGAAUUCUCAUAGAAUAAAUAUAUACAAUUUUACGACAAAAAUAUGUAUUCAUACUUGAAUAACAUAGUUAAUCAUUUUGUGUGUGUAUGUAUAACCUUUUACAGUUAGUAGUACCUCUAUUACGUUGAGAUAUAUAGUUUAAAAAAAUAUUAUAUAAGAAAAUAUUUAUCAAUUCGAGUAUUUUGUUGAUAAUUUGUUAUUAUUUAUUUUCCUAUUCUGUAAAUAAUAAAUAUUAUUUUAAUGAUAA